UCAAGUGCGUUUCAAAGUCAUGGCUUCAACUAAUCUCUAGCCCUUAUUUUGUGAAAACCCAUAUGAAAUUAGCAGCUAAUGACAAAGCAUUCAGCAGCCAUAGGGUUAUAUUUGAACACUUCAAAAGCAAAUUCAAGGAGGCAUUUAUAUGGAACCCAACAAUUAGGAAGUCCAAGAAAUUGCGUAAGUUAGAUGUUCAAAUGAGGCCUGGUACCUCUUAUUACAGACAUGGUUUUGGAUAUGAUGAGUUACAUGACGAUUAUAAAGUAGUAAUUAUUUGCGGUACUUCUGAUGAUGGUAGUUCAUUUGGUACUGUGGUCAACAUUUACAGUUUGAGGACUGAUUCUUGGACAAGAGUCUAUAACUUUCCGGGCUACUAUAUGAGAGAUUAUUUAGGUAAAUGUGUCAAUGGGAAGAUUUAUUGGGCUUCAACUGCUGAUGUUGAUGCGCUCAAUGUUUGCAACCUCAUAACUCUUGAUUUAACAUAUGAGACAUGGGGAAAGUUGGAGCUUCCUAAUUAUGGAGAAGCCAAUUCUCGUUUGAUGCUGGGAGGGGUGGGAAGUGAUCUUGCAUUGGUUUGUAUUUGUCCUGAAGGAACUACUUCUGAUGUGUGGAUGAUGAAGGAUUAUGGAGUUAAUGCAUCUUGGACAAAGAUGUUCACCAUCAAAUAUCCUCAAUAUAUUGGGGAAUAUAUGUUCACUUCAUCCAUUUUCUCUUUCUCUACACAUUUUUGCCAGCCGAAUAAUGGGGAAAUCUUACUAUUGCUUCCCCCAACAAUCAUGAUAUACAACCCAAAGGAUGGUUCCACCAGAAAACUGGAAGUCGCUGGACUUAGGGGAUGUCAACAUGCAGAAAUCUGUGUAGAAACCCUUGUUGAUCCUAAUGAGUUGUCCCACAUCGGAGAGAUUUGAGGUCCAUUUAUCAGAUCCCCUAUUGUAAGAGUUCUGCUUUAUCCUAGCUGUUAUGCCCUUUGCACUUUUUUUUAAUCAAGUAUAGAACAAGAGUUCGAAUGGAUAUGAAUCCAUA